AUGUGUCUCUCUGUGAAGUCUGAUGAGAACCGUUUGAGAACGUUGUCACAGAUACCAACACAGUUCAUCAGUCAGAAUGGCGUGAUCGAUGGUGUCACCUGCUGCAGGUCAAAAACCUGUUCUGUAAUUGCUGAUGAUGUGAUUUGCAGGACCCCCAAUAUUGACCAGCUGGCAAAGGAAGGGGUGAAGCUGACCCACCACAUCGCUGCAGCCAGCCUCUGCACUCCCAGCAGGGCAGCGUUUCUCACCGGACGAUACCCAGUGCGAUCAGGCCAUUUUUGUUUCUUCUUCUUGUCUGCAGGAAAAUGGCACCUGGGCCUGAACUGUAAGAGCCGCGGCGAUCACUGCCACCACCCUAACAACCACGGCUUCAGUUAUUUCUUCGGUAUCCCUCUGACGAACCUGCGGGACUGCCAGCCUGGACACGGCACCGUUUUCCAGUUCCAUAAACAUUUGCCAUACAGAACAAUGGGCAUCGUUCUGCUCACUGCAGUCGUGCUGCACUACAGGGGGGUCAUCGGCAGGAGGUCCAUCCUGAGCUUCAUGUUUCUGUUGCUUUCGGUCACUGGUGUGGUAGUAGCGUUCAUCAUGGCUGUCCCAUACUUAAACUGUGUCCUCCUGAGGGACCACAGCAUUGUGGAGCAGCCAUACAAGUCUGAAAACAUGACACAGAGGAUGGUGCACGAGGCUGUGGGCUUCAUAGAGAGUAAUGAUGGACAUGAUCAAUCCCUGUGUCAAGGCUGGUGGACUCAGCAGAUCAAAGGUCUUCCUCUCCUCCUGCCUGGCAGCUUUAACACUCGUUGUGUUACAGUUUCACUUUCUCGUUCUGUUUUUCAUACUCAAACGGAAAAAUGUUUCCAAAUAAUUACAGACCGGAGUUUGCUCUGUGUGUUCUCAGGUCAGCUCAUGGAGACGCUGGACAGACUCGGCUUGAGAGGAAAAACUCUUGUUUACUUGACUUCAGAUCAAGGGGCUCAUCUGGAGGAAAUCUCUGCCAGAGGCGAUGCCCACGGGGGAUCCAACGGCAUAUAUAAAGCAGGGAAGUCCACGAAUUGGGAGGGAGGAAUCAGGGUCCCUGGAAUUUUACGUUGGCCUGGGAAAAUCCCUGGUGGCAGACAGAUAGAUGAGCCCACCAGCAACAUGGACCUGUUUCCCACUGUGGUGCAGCUGAGUGGAGCUUCAGUCCCAGAGGACAGGGAGAUAGAUGGUCAUGACCUCAUGGAUUUGCUGCAGGGGAGAGCUGCAAGUUCCAAGCAUGAAUUCCUCUUUCACUACUGUAGUGCCAACUUGAACGCUGUCAGAUGGCAUCCCCAAAACAGUAGCUCGGUGUGGAAAGCUUUUUACUUCACUCCAAACUUCUACCCAGAAGACAAGACGGCAUGUUUCCAUACACUUACCUGCUUUUGCACGCCGGAGUACGUCACCUUCCACGAUCCUCCUCUGCUCUUCGAUCUCUCAAAGGACCCAUCAGAGAGCACGCCGCUGACCCCAGACACCGAGCCUGCCUUCCACUUUGUCCUGGCCACAAUGCAGGAAGCUGUGAAGAUGCAUCGGCGCUCACUGAAGCCAGUGGAGAGCCAGUUAAGUCCAGCGAACCUGAUGUGGAAGCCCUGGCUGCAGCCCUGCUGCUCCACGGUCACGCAGCUCUGUCAGUGCCAGCUGUACCAGUAAACUUCUGUGGAGGCGGCACUGGGAGAUCCUUGCUGCUGUUUAGAGUCACACUAAUCUGAAUAUGGACACUUCAUCUGAACUUCAAAUCCACGAUUAAACCUUUGUUUUGUCAGGGUGCAGUCGUCUGUUGCACUGAUUUUAUUUCACUCGAUGUAGUAACAAAAGCUUCAUAUCUAGAAAUCUAGUCAGCACACAGGUAGCAAUUAUAAGAUACAAUAGACUGAGCGAUGAACACAGUAAAGUUGUCAGCUGUCAAAUCAGAAGAUAUAUUAUGAGACUUAGACGUCAAUAAACGUUCAGAGAAUCGUCUCAUACAAGUCUAAGAGCUACGAGCUGCAG